AUGGCAGCGUGCACUGUCGCUUCUGUGCGAGCUGGGGGAAAGCAGAUCCAAGGCCGACUCACCUACAACGCUGGGAUGAGCGCGUGCGAGAAAGGUGGACAGUGGGAGCACGCGUUGUCGUUGCUCGUCGGACUAUGCGAGGCGCAAUUGGAACCGGAUGUUAUCAGCUUCAAUGCUGGCAUCAGUGCGUGCGCAAAAUGCGGGCAGUGGGGUCGGGCGAUGUCUUUGUUAGUUUGGUUGUCCGCUGCGGAUCUAGAGCCUGAUAUCAUUAGCUACAGUGCUGUUGUUAGCGCGUGCGAGAAAGGUGGACACUGGAAGCAAGCGCUGUCUAUCCUGAAGACGUUGCUGGAUUCACAAGUGGAGCCAAACGUUAUUGCUUACAGUUCUGGAAUCAGUGCGUGUGCGACGGGUGGGCAGUGGCAGCAGGCGUUGUCUUUGUUGGACGGGCUGUGUGAUGCAAGGUUGGAGCCAAACGUCGUCAGCUACAAUGCUGCCAUCACGGCGUGCGAAAAAGGUGAGCAGUGGCAGCAGGCGUUGUUGUUGUUCGCCGGUUUGAGGGCAGUGCGGCUCGAGCCAGACAUCAUCAGCUACAGUGCAGGAAUCAGCGCGUGCGAGAAAGGCGGUCGGUUUCAGCAGGCGCUGUUUUUGUUGAGGGAGAUGCGAGAAGCGCGGACGACACCAGCCGUAAUCAGCUACAGUGCUGGAGUUAGCGCGUGUGGAAAGGGUGGGGAGUGGCAGCUGGCGUUGUCUCUGCUGAGCGAGCUACAGGAGGUGAAGCUAGUGCCAGAUGCAAUUUCUGCUACAACGCUGGCAUCAGUGCUUGCGAGAAGGGCUGCGAGUGGCAGCAUGCGAUGGUGCUGCUGCGCGAGCUGGCCGCAUCGCCAGAGAGACCAGAUAUCAUCAGCUACAACGCCGCUAUCGGUGCGUGCCUGA